UCUCAAACCCCCCACCCUGCUCUACUACUACAAAUCAAGGUGCUACGAUGGGUCGUAGGGUCAUGUGGUUGAUGUGCAUGGGGAUGAGGAGCCGCUCCUUUUGAUUUGAGCUGCCCAAACACGAUUCUGUGAUCUCAUUUUUUGGGCGCCAUUCUUGGAGCAGCCUUACCUCUCACCAGUCUCAUGCAUCAUCGGGCUGUUGAAUCCCUGUAGAAGAAGGUGGGCAGCCCCCAAGCCCACGCUCUUUUUGUUCUCCCAGCUUUUCCCUUUGUUCCUCCCCCCCUCUUGACCACUCCUCCCUCCCCACCGCCACCAUUGCCCAGCAGCCCAAGUGAGAUCUCCUCCCUUUAUUAAGCAGAGAGAGACUUGCAUUCGAGCUGUAUUGCUCGUCCGUCCGUCCGUCUUGUAGGGUUGGUUCUUGGCAUUUGGCUCGAGGACUUGAUGCUUCUUCUCUUGUUGGCUGGUGCAGGGAGAGGGAGGUGGUACAGCUAAAGGUGAGCGGAGCUUCUUUCGCCUGCAAUCUGGGUGUUCGUACUGACUCCCCGGGGUUCAAGAAUGAGAGGAGCGUCACAUGCGCAUGGUGAGGAGAAGAUAACUCAGAUAAGGACACGAUGAACUCAGCCGUAUUUGGUGCCUGCAUUUCCUCUGCCUAGCAGCACAAUCCAAGAACCUGGCUGGCGGCCUCCCAACAAGAUCUCCCAACAAGUGUGCGAGCGAGCUCGAGCUGGCGAUGAGUGGCCUCGCGGGGCAGCGGUCGUGGAUGGGGGACGCCGCGGCGACACCGUCGGGCGACGCGCGGGACGACGGCGCCGCGGCCGCGGCCGCCUCCUCCACGAACGCCAGCGCCAUCUCCUUCGGCUUCGCGGCCACCGCCAUCCUCAUCGCCAUGUUCCUCCUCAUGGCCAUCUUCGAGCACCUCAUCAAGCCCGGCUGGGCGGCCUCCCGGGGCUCCCACGCCGACAGCGACGCCGACGGCGAUGCCCAGCCGUCCCACUCCGGCCGGCACCAGCGCGACCGCGGCUCGCCGGAGAAGCUCGCGCCUCCGCCCAAGAUGGAGGUGGUGGUGGCGGCGGCGGACCUGACGGUGGUGAUGCCGGGGCAGCGGUACCCGACGUUCCUGGCGCAGCCGGCGCCCCUACUGUUUCCCUGCCCGAGAGAAGGCGUGCGUUGGCCUCCGCACGAUGACAAUCGCCGCUCUUUCCUGCCGCCAUGAUUCUCUUCGUGUCUGUCAUGUUUGGCUGUAAUCUGUAUAGUGGGUAAGGGGCGAGAAAUGACGGAGCUGUUUGUAGGUGCACCAAGGAAAAUGCUGGACUGGUUGUACUCAUUGCCUGAUGCAUGCCUAGUUAGUCUCGCCUCUAUAUCGAAUGCCGUUCUUCAUCUCAUGAUCUUCAUCGGGAUCGAGUGGCGUUCUUCUCGCCCGAUGAAUGAGUUCUCAGAAGUUCAAAGAAAAAAGAGGUGGUUGUGAUUUGGGCCAGCCAUCUUUUAUUUUGCA